CUCCUCCUAAUUCAUCACCUAUAUUUAACAAUAAUGCUGCUUCUUUCAAUGUUUCACCACCUCAAAACAACACAACAAGUCAACAUGCUAAUCCGGACACUUUUAUUAGGCAACUACAAAGUUAUAUGGGCCUGUAUCCGUUUGUUAACGCUUUAUCGAAAUCUGCAGGUUGGCCGACAACGGCUGCUGAACAACCAACUCCCUUAUCACAAUUGGAGGUGCAUAGUAUCGGAUCCACUUCUUCGCGUGUUCCACAUUCAGAUGAGAUCGGAUUUUUAAGUAUGAGAAAGAAAACAAUAUUGGAUAACAUCAUCACAUAUUGA